AGAAAAUAUUUGAAAAAAAGAGGUAAUUGAGAGAGAGAAAAAGUAAAGAUCUCAUAAAUCCAUUUUCAUAAUUUAAAAUAUAUCGAUAAAAAAAAAGACGACAGCUUUAAAUUUCAUUUUAAUUUCUCACGUCGUGUUCAACAACAUAUUACAACGAUAAUUUAUCUUCUUUUUUUUCUUUGUUUCACUCUUUCUUUCUAAAAAAAACAACCAAUUUAAUAUUUUAUUUUGAAUUGAAUCGAUUUCAACUAUUUCAAGUAAAAAAAUGGGUUUCGAUCAAACACGUUUUGAAUCAAAAAUUACCGAUGAAUUUCUUUGUCCAAUUUGUUUAGAUGUUUUAAAUAAUCCUGUUUAUCUACCAAAUUGUGAACAUGUUUAUUGUAUGGAAUGUAUACAAAAUUGGAUGACAAAAAAUAAAACACAAACAUGUCCAAUGGAUCGUAUACAAUUAGAUCCGGAUAAAUUUCAACAACCAUUACGUUCAUUUUGUAAUCUAUUAAAUCGUUUAAAAAUUCGUUGUCAAUUUAAUUCCUGUAAUGAAUAUAUUUAUCUUUCGGAUUUAAAACAACAUGAACAAUAUUGUUUUCAUAAUCCAGAUAAUUUAAAUAAAGAAAUUCAAUGUUCUAAUUGUGAUUUAAAAAUAAAAAUUACUGAACAAAGACAUGAUUGUUUAAAAGAUUUAAAAUCGAUAAUUGAAAAAUUAAAUAAAAUAAAUGAACAAACUAAAAUAAAUUUAAUGGAAAAAACUGAACAAUUUAAACAAACAAAUGGUAAAAAAAUUACGUGA